UUACGAAUACGCAACAAUAUAUGAGAACGAAAACGAAAUAAGUUGUAUCUGAUUAAGAUCACGUAGCGUCCCAAGCGGGAGCAGCUCCGGGUCGGGGUCGAUGCAGCACUCGUUCUCGGUGGACGAGAUCCAAAAGAUCCGCACGCGGCUCAAGUCGUCGCGGUCCUGCGGCGACGAGCUCGGCGGCGACCGCGACGACGCCGACAACUCCUCCUCGGGCGUCUCCUCCGACCAGGAGCCGGCGGCGGCGCCGCGCCGGGAGAAGGUCUCCUUCUGCAGCUCCGUCACCGUCAAGUCCUCCAACGACGUCAUCAGCACCGAGCCCGUGCACUCGAGCAGCGAGAGCCUCGCGCCGCCGCCCAUGCAGCGGCACAACUCGCUGACGCGCAAGCGGGCGGCCGCGGCGCUGGGGCGGGGCGUGGGCGGGGCGGCGGCGGGGGCCGUGGCGGGGGCGGGGCAGUCGCGCGGGCGCUCGGCGGCGGAGCGGCUGGGCGUGGACGUGGAGAAGGCGCCGGGGCGGCGCGCGCGGCUGCUGCUGGCCGCGCUGCCGCCGCCGCCCGAGGAGCCGGGCGCGCCCGAGCCCGCGCCGCUGCUGGCGCCGCCGCCGCAGUUCAGCGACCGCGUGCGCGUGGUGGCCGCGCUGCCCAAGCGCGCCGCCCGCCUGCAGUAGCCGCCCGCGCGCGCCCGCUGCCCGGCGCCCGCACCGAACCAAAGAUUCCGCCGACCGUCCGGCGCGGCGCCCUCGGCGCGUCCGUCUCGGAUCCCGAACCGUCGGGGCCGUUCUCUCCUCCCCCCGCAACCGAGUGCCAU